GUGGCAACGGGUCUGUGACGUGAGACCUUCCAACCGCAAUAUUAGAUCGUUUGUGUUAUCACUUAUGAUCAGUGCUUCACUGCGUCUAUAUAUAUUUUGGUGAUGUGUCCUUGAUAUGUGCCGAACAGUUUUCUGGAAAAAAUUACGAAAGAAAUAAGUCAACCAUAUAAAACAACGGAGAUUCAGUCUAUACCGGCAGGAAAUGUCUAAAAACUAAUAAUGGGGCUGUAGGACAAAGUAUAUCGAUACUGGAAUUGACAGGGUUGAAAUACAGGUCUGUCUAUAUUAGAAUUAAUUAAGCAACGAUUGGUACACCAGCUGUAAAUCACUAGAAUCGUCUGGUCAAUAUGUUAACAAGUCUUGGUCCAGUCUGGAGACAGUUGCUUAGAUCUAUACCUGCUUUGAAUACUUUAUCGGUACUUUCAAAUCAAGCACAGAUAUCAACCAUGAGUGAUAAAUUUGACUUGCCUUCAAGAUAUCAUGGCUCAGAAAAAAGUGUGUGGGUGGAAUACAUCCAAUUGGCUCUGGAUUAUAAGCCUCUGAACUUGGGACAAGGUUUCCCAGAUUUUGCAGCUCCAGAAUAUGUCACCAAAGCUUUAUCAGAGGUAGCAACAGGUGAAAAUGUGUUGCUCAAUCAGUAUACACGAGGAUUUGGACAUCCUCGGCUUGUGAAUGCCCUAAGUAAGCUGUAUUCUCAGCUCCUUGGACGCGAAAUUAAUUCACAAACUGAAAUCCUUGUCACAUCAGGAGCUUAUGAAGCACUGUUCAGUACAAUUUCUGGUCAUACUAGUCCAGGAGAUGAAGUUAUAAUAAUUGAACCUUUUUUUGACUGUUAUGACCCCAUGGUACGAGCAGCAGGAGGAACUCCACGCUUCAUACCUCUUAGGUUGAACAAAACUAGUGGAAAAAUCAUGUCAAGUGACUGGGUGCUUGAUCCAUCAGAGCUGACAAAUGUCUUCAAUUCGAAAACAAAAGCAAUAAUUCUCAACACUCCUCACAACCCAAUUGGCAAAGUGUUCACUGAGAAGGAGCUUCAGCUUAUUGCAGACUUGUGUAAAAAGUGGAAUGUACUUUGUAUUUCUGAUGAGGUGUAUGAGUGGCUAGUAUACAAACCUUACAAACAUAUACGCAUCGCCACGUUGCCUGGUAUGUGGGAAAGGACAAUUACUAUUGGAUCUGCAGGGAAAACGUUUAGUGUGACAGGAUGGAAAAUUGGUUGGGCAUAUGGUCCUGCUAAAUUGAUGACGAACUUACAGACUGUACAUCAGAACUGUGUAUACACUUGCAGCACACCAAUUCAGGAGGCAGUAGCUCAGGGGUUCGAGUUGGAAUUGGGUCGACUAGGACAACCUGAAUCCUAUUUCCUGAGUCUACCAAGGGAACUAGAAGCGAAACGUGAUUUCAUGGCCAAGUUCUUAUCAGAUGUUGGAAUGGUACCCACCAUUCCAGAAGGGGGAUACUUUAUGAUAGCUGACUGGUCAGCACUGGAUGACAAGGUUAAUCUGGACCAAGAGACAGAUGAAUUAAAAGAUUAUCGCUUCACAAAGUGGAUGUCUAAAAAUGUUAAGCUUCAAGGUAUUCCUCCAUCAGCAUUCUACAGUGAACCACAUAAACGUUUAAUUGAGACCUCUGUGCGCUACUGUUUCAUAAAGUCAGAUGAGAAGCUGCAGGAGGCUGCUGAAAUCUUGCAGAAGUGGAAAGCAUCUGCUUAGGCAGGCCACGUGCAUCCUGUUGUAUCACACAAGUGCCAAGAAUUUCAUUCAAGACACCAGUAUCAUUUGUUUUCUGAUAUAUUUAAAGCUCAAUAAAUUGAUGAUUUUCUUGUACAUAAAAUGAACACAGCAGUUUUAUGAAAUAAUGUACAGUUAUUUGGGAUAAUUAAAUGGGAUUACUGUAUGGUAAUUAAAAACUUGUGAUAAUCUGGAAAUCUAGCAUAUUGCCAGUUAAUUGCAUUUCUAUUGCAGAACAGGAACUGUGAGCCUCAUAUAUCUUAUAAGCAUGCAUGUAAGACUUCAGUCUGCAAUUACAUACAGUUUUCCUGUCGGAACAAAGUGGGAGGCAUUAGUGAUUUUUUUCUUGUCAGUGCGGAUAUGGCCGCAGUAUCGUGGUGCUGUUAGGUGCUGGGAAGGGAAAUGUUUACAUCUACAUACAGGAAUAAAAUAUCUACCAAAUAAUUUUGUUAUUUUUUGUAUAAAAUGUUAUAUUUUGUAUAAAAAUUUAAGUUUGUGGUAAAAUUAUGCAAUAUUUAUUA